CAGCACAAGUCGUCCAGCGAACUGGCAGAUAACAUCGUGCAGUCAGUUUUCCCUGGGCUAUCGCUGAGAACGGUCGAGUUUUCCUUCCUAACAGUUUGGCUCUGUGAGUGUCGGUUUUCUCCAAUUUGUUUUUUUUUACCACAGUAUACGCUAGAGUUCGCGCAAUUCUUGCAUUGUUGGUAGGACUCUGUGUGCGUGUUGGUACGCGUCUGGUACAGUGAUAAAUGGGUGACAGUGGAGUAGGAAGCUUUCUCCCAAGGAAAUCGGUAUUUUGGGGGUGUUGAUUCGAAGAUUUUCUUUGUUUUUUCGGUGAAGAAUCAGGUGGCUGUGGCGUGAGAGUUUGAUAAAUGCCUACCACAACAAUUGAUGUCAAGUGAAAUCUGAUUAAUGGUUGAUGUGGCAAACGUAUUCACCAGUGUCAUAGAAGCAGGAAACCGAUCCAGAUCUGUGGACUACAUCUAAUCUAGUGCUGUAAAAUGUUGCUCAUAUAACCGUGCCGGAGUACACCAGAAAGGAAGUUCUGUGAACGUAUAGGUUCCGUUAUUUGCCUAAUGACGAUUGUCGCUAAACCGAAUUAAAACAUAUUAGUUUGUAUUCAGUGUAGAUGUUAGGGAAUCGAGGAUUUCUGAAUACGAGAAUUCUACGGAAAUUGUAAAACUUUCGGAUUCACAUACCGAGAAAUUUUCAUUGGAAUUGUCCCGGAAUCGAUUCUACGGCCAGUCAACUUUCAUUACAACCCACUGCUAGUGUGGUAAAUUCACCGGCACGAAGGGGGCACUGGUGCAGCUGUGACAACGGCGAUCAACUGGAAAGCAGCAGACGAAGAAUAAUGAUGAUGCAAUGAGAAAAACUUGAUUAAAACCCCAUCCUCGCGGAACCCGUUCCAUAUUAGCGAUCUUCAAGUAUCGCUUGCAGCGAACAUUGCCUGUGAACAGAACGGUACCAACCUGUAGUAAGAGCUAGUAAACGGGCAAAUAUACGACAAUCGCGUGUUCAGGAAGGAAGCCGAGAACUGGUGUCCAGUUUUUUUUACCGUAUUUGCACAACCCGAAGCACACCAAAACGAGGAAAUCCGGCGAAAUGAAGGGACGACAUCUGAGAAGACGGUUCAGCUUGCAGCCAUCCUUUAUGAAGGACGACAGCCCGGAAGAUAAACCCAAACGCGAGAAACCCCUCAAAAAUGAUGAAAACUCGAUAAACUCCAACGUGCGGCACAAAAUCGUUGUCAUGGGAGCGGCCAAGGUCGGCAAAAGUUCGCUGAUCACCCAGUUCCUGUACAGCACAUUUUCGCCCAAGUACAAACGGACUGUCGAGGAGAUGCACCACGGUCACUUUUCCGUCGGUGGGGUAAACCUCACGCUGGACAUCCUGGACACAUCCGGUUCGUACGAGUUUCCAGCGAUGCGGGCUCUAUCCAUCUCAUCGGCCGACGCCUUCAUCCUGGUGUACGAUAUCACCGACAGUAUCACGUUCGAGGAGGUCAAAGCAAUCCGGGAACAGAUUCAUGAAAUAAAAUCCACCACCGCAGUCCCGAUUGUGGUGGUUGGAAAUAAGACCGAUUUGGUCGAUGAGGACGAUGAUAUCCGACAGAUCCCACACGGAACGACCGAAUCGAUGAUAACAGUCGACUGGGAAAACGGUUUCGUCGAAGCAUCAGCAAAGCUCAAUCGGAAUGUGUCACAGAUUUUCAAAGAACUGCUUGCGCAAGCUAAGAUCACCUACAACCUGAGUCCGGCCUUGCGACGACGACGGCGCCAAUCGUUGCCACAGCAGACCAGCACUGGAAGUAGCACGGCGCCUCCAACGCCGCAGCAAGCCAUGCCACCAUCUUCGGUGCAUGUUCCCUCUGCCGCACAGUUGGCCCAUCUGCAGCAAAUUCAGGAGAAGAGUCUCGGUGGAAAGCGAAACUCCUGUGUGCUGUCUUAAAAUCCGUCUCGGUCCUCCAUACAUGCAUAAUUAUGUUUCAAUAAUCAAUCAGAAUAAUUGAAAUCAAAUAAAGUAACAAUUUCCAAACAGUAAAUCCGCUAAAAAUGUAUUUGACAAGUGUUUCAUGUACUUCAAUACAAUACAGAACAAACAAAAUUAUAUUUGUUGAAUGUUUAUAACACUUAGUCCUGACUUUGUUGUUGAGCUGACAAAUAACAUAUAAAAUAAUCAGUACCAUCUCUGCAAGGGAAUAGAAAAAAGAUGUAAAGAAGCGAACAGGAUUAUUACGGGUAAAUCAAUUCAACGCUAAGUAAAUACAAUAGAAGGAUGAUUUCCAAAAAAAAACAUAACUAGGAUGAAAACAGCUAAGCUGUAACCCAGUGCAACCAUUUAUUCAGAAAAGACAUCGCCGCUAUUCGUUUGUAGUAACUUUUAACUGAAUGCAAAGUGAAAAUGGAAGUCGUUCUACUAUUCAGCUAUGAAUUUUAGCUACUCAAAUAUUUGAAACCGAAGGGAAUUCUAUUCCAAAGAUUCAAAUGCUUAAUUUCUCUAAAAUUAUAAGCUGAUAUUUCAAAGUACUUCGAUCUCUAACGAACAACAACACAUUCAAACUCCGACCUAACAUCUACUUCAAAUAUUCGAGUUUUAUGAAAGCGCACAGCCUUCCUAAUAUUUUCCCUGAAUAGUUAGAAACAUCAACAAUUUAAGCCAAAAAGAAGAAAAUUGUAGCUACGCGAGAUAUGCGAAAAAAAAAUGACGUGGAAUAUCACUGCUUCGCAUAUUUUACAAAACUAAUAAAACAAACACCACAAUAAGCUACCCGGAAACCAAGAAUGAGAUGCGGAAUUUGCUGAAUAAUCAUGAUGAAUAGAAUAAAACAUAUGCUAACUGUUGUCGUACUUGCUAUUCUAUAUUCUGAUCGCAUAUCUUUAAAAGAAACACACCUCCUAGAGAAGUUCGAGAGACUAUGCAAUGUUCGUGAAAAAAAUGUGCUAAAUUAUUAUAUACAUAUAGAAGUCAAUGGAAUAGCCACAUUACAAAUAUAUCUGAUAUAGAAAGUAAACGAAUAAUAAAAUGUGCAUUGCAUGCGGAAAUUGAUAGGAACCAAUAAUACAACACAGAGUUGGAAGACUUUUUGUACUAUAGCAGUAAUCCACUCUGGAAAUGUAGGGAGAAAACAGUUUAGAAUGACAUUAGUGUACUGUAUCUGUGACAAUGAUGAUGGAAAAUAAAUUAUAUCCGGUUAAAAACA